GCCACGACCAUAAACCCGAACACGUAGUCUAGGAUACGUAGUCUGCAAAUAAAUGAAUAACAAGAUGAGAAUCACACGUCUGAAAUAACGUUUAUGUUUCUGCGUGCGCGGUGGCGCCUGUCUAUAGGGACCAAACGUCGACUAGGGAAUCUAAUUAUCGCCUCGAGGACUUCACCUGAAAUAUAGACUUCUCGGUGGAGAUUUCGAGAUUUUAAUAAACAACAUAUGCGCGACGCUGAAUGCUACGCGGUGAACAGCCAGAUGCGCGCCUCGCCUGCCAGUCUGUCAUCACAGGCAACGACAUAUGACAUUUGCAUCACAGGAAAGAUGAACUAGCUAAACUUGCUUGCUUUUGUGGGGAAAAAAUGCCAUUGUGUUUGGUUAUUGAAAUAUGAGCUAAACGCUCUGCAGAACUAUUAGUCGUUAUUUUGUAGCCGCAUGAUAGCCUUUCAAUUUAACAUAAAUUAUCCAACAUCCAUCUUUCAAUAAAUAAUCUUAGCCUACCCGUUGACAUCGCUGAGGAAGUUCGCCUCAGCUGUGGGGCACCAUAAAUCUAUGAAUAUUCGCACACAAUCAUUUUGAAUUUUUAGGUCAUUCAUACAAAAUGUGCGAGAAUAGACUACUUGAAUGUUCUUGAGUGCGUAGAAGUCCUCUGUGGGCUACCAGCGACAGACAUUUCGACAUAGGCUACUGACAGAGGAGACAGAACGACUGCUAUUUUCUACGUGGCAUGAGUCGGUAAAGGAACCUUUGAUAUUUGUGUUUUGGUUCCAGGUUUGAUAUAUCUGCAUUGAGAGUCAACAAUUGUGGAUAGCCUAUAAUGGAAUUUCUUAACCACCGACAUUAGAACCGCAUCGGUCCUUCAACACAAGAAGGACCAAGAAAUGACAAACGACGGAUAACCAGAGGAGAAGGGGACCGUGAAAAGAGGGGAAAGGAAGAAUGAAUGAGAUAUACUGAGCAACGAAGGAAGGAGAUUGGAGGAAUCAAGAGGUGUUAGUGGGAGGAGCUUUCUCCAUGACCCUGUGCCUGCUGACCACACCCAGAUUCUCCCUAACCCCGCCCUCCAGCAUGGCGCUGUCACUCUGGCUGCUGUGUACCUGUGCUGUCACCUCCCUGCUCAUCGCCCCCUCUGCUCAAGCUCUGAGUCGGUCAGCGAUGCCCUUCGGCCUGAUGCGUAGAGAGCUGGCGUGCGAGGGAUACCCCAUCGAGCUGCGCUGCCCUGGCAGUGAUGUCAUCAUGAUUGAGACGGCCAACUACGGCCGCACAGACGACAAGAUCUGUGACGCUGACCCCUUCCAAAUGGAGAACGUGCAGUGUUACCUGCCUGACGCCUUCAAGAUCAUGUCACAGAGGUGUAAUAACCGUACCCAGUGUGUGGUGGUGGCAGGGUCCGAUGUGUUCCCAGACCCCUGCCCAGGGACCUACAAGUACCUGGAGAUACAGUACGAGUGUGUCCCCUACAGUGAGUACCCAGACCCCCAUCUCCCACACCCCUGA